GUCAGUCCUUUCUAAGCUUUAGUGGUAAUCAGAUCAAGAACUGUCGUGGAUUUUGUGAAAAUGGACUUCAAAGGCAUCUAUGCUCCGGUUUUUACGCCAAUCGAUGACAGAGCUAAAAUCAACCCUUUAGUGAUUCCUGAAUACGCCAAGUACUUGAGUAAACAUGGAGUGCACGGAAUUCUUGUUGGCGGAACCACGGGCGAGGCAGUAUCCCUUACUCUGGACGAGAGAAAGGAAAUGCUGGAACACUGGGUCAAAGAGGCAAGACCAUUAGGACUCAAAAUAAUUUCUCAAGUUGGAGGAGUGCCUUUACCAGAGGUCUUGAAUAUGGCGAGCUACUCCGAAGGACUGGGCGUGGAUGCUAUCAUGACGCUGCCAGAGUUGUACUUCAAGCCGAAGACCUGUGAAAGGCUGGUAGCGUACCUGGACCUGGUGGCGAAGGCAGCACCUUCUCUGCCACUGCUCUACUACCACUUCCCUAUGAUGUCUGGUGUUGAUGUAAAUAUUCCAGAAUUUUUCGCUUUGGCGACAUCUAGGAUCCCUACGUUCAAAGGGAUGAAAGCGGAUCUAGGAGUGGCCAUCCAGGUAGACAACCAAAUCAAACCCGACCAGACCAUAUUUAUCGCAAAUCAUAUGCUCGCGCCAUCAGCACUUGUUGGACACAUUUCAAGCAUAGCAACAGUUACCAACAUGUUUCCCAAUCUGGUCAAGGCGGUGGUGGAAGCCGUUGGAACUGGAGACGUUAUACGUGCCCGAUUCUUGCAAGGAGAACUGAAUAAUCUGGUGGCGGGCAUAUCUGCCCAAGGCGACUUUGUCCCCUCGAUGAAGGCUGCUAUGGAACUCACCACGGGUAUAAGAGUAGGUUCACCAAGACUGCCCCAGCUUCCUCUCGAAAUGCCCAAAAGGUUAAGACUGGCAAAUCAUUUGAAGAACUGUGGAUAUAGUUCUAUUGAUUCGGACGAUUGAAUUUUAACUGAUCAGCCCGACCAUAGAUAUAAGAAUAAUAAGAACAAUAAAGUAGUUGAUGUUUAAUGUGUGGCUUGGCCCUAUGGCAUAAAUACCUACGAAUAUAUAUUAACAUACGAAUAAAGAUAAAACGUGUUU